AGCUUCAGUACGCUGAGAAUUCAGCAGAAUUCAGAGAUAUUACUGGAAACACCCUAGACAGCACCCAUUAUUGGACUGUAUGUGAGUUAGUGAUACUGUGCCAAAGUGGGGGUCUGUAAUUAUUUGUAGUAGUUGUAGAAUACGGGAAUUGUUUAUGGUCCUGCUGAAUUUGUGACGGGUUAACAUUAAAGGAUAAAAGGACUGGGGUGUGCAUUUCCCUGCUUCAACACUGUUUUUUCUGGAAGCAAGGGGAAUUGUGCAUCAUGAAGACAAGCUGCAGACUUCGACUGCUGGGUAUCAUUGUGGGAUUGCUGCUCUGGUGCUGUUCCUUGGCAGACAGUUCUUGUGAAGCUGGAUUCACCUUGUUAAAUGGUUCAUGUACUGAUAUUAAUGAGUGUGAAGGAAAUAGAAGACUCUGUGGCAAGCACGCGGACUGCAUCAAUCUACCUGGCUCCUUCAGGUGUAACUGCCAUCCUGGAUACAUGCAGUACCAUGAGAAAGAUACAUGUGAUGAAUUAGAUACUGCAACCAAAGCACCGAAGACCACUCCAGUACCAGAUAUGAAUGAGUGUGAGCUAAAUAUAGGACUCUGUGGCAAGCACGCGGACUGCAUCAAUCUACCUGUCUUCUUCAGGUGUGACUGCCAUCCUGGAUACAUACACCACCAAGCCAAACAGAUGUGUUUUGCACCGCCAGCAAAGCCCACUCCAGCACUCGUCACUUCCACCCACAAAAUGGCGGACAGCACUACCCGAAACAACUCAGAAACCUCCACCCUGCAGGACAGUGGCUUACACACAACCGAAUUAAAUCCCACAACCAAAGUACCACCAACACAGACCACUCCAGUACCAGACAUUGAUGAGUGCGCCCAAACCCCCUGGCUCUGUGGUCCGAAUGCACAAUGUACCAACACUGUCGGCAGCUACACCUGCUCCUGUAAUCCUGGAUUAUUUCCUAAUACUGGAUUGAGAUGGAUACUCAAUCAAACACGGUGUGAAGAUUUAACAAAGAUCCAAGAUGGGAAAACCUGCAAUAUUCCAAUCAAUACCGGGACAUCGAGUCACCUAAAAAGUUCCUCGGCCUGGUUUUGUCUCAUCACUAACUUCAAUUCCAUUAACUUUACAUCUGGAUAUCAGCUGCAGCAAGUGGCUGGUGUUUUAAGCUCUGCUCUGAAUGACAUUUCCUUGUGGAGUAACCUGACCAGGGAUGAGAAGUCUGUUGCAGCUGAAGCAUACCUGGACACUGUAGAGAGGGCAAUGCUACAGUUGACUGAGCCUUCAGAUGUUCUCUUAAGGAAAAAUGUGCGCUCAGACAAUCUAGAUAUGGAGUUGCUGAUUAUACCAUUCAAACACAACACAUCAGAGGAACAGUUACGAGCCAAUAAAAACACACUGGAGAUUAAGUUGGGAAAACUUAUGGAAGAGAAUAAGCAAGAUCAGAUAACAGUUGGGUUUGCCUCAUACACUGGGAUGGAGUCUGUCUUGGAUGGGAGCUUUUACAAGAAUCAAUCAUCUAUCCAGUUAAACUCACAAGUGGUCACUGCUACUAUAGGCAGAAAUCACCACAAACUUUCAGAGCCAGUCCAUUUAACCUUCCAUCACAAUGAGUUAAGGAAAACCAAAGAGGAGGUGAUAUGUGUCUACUGGAAAUACGAAGGGAAGGAAAGCUCUUGGUCCACCGAAGGCUGCACAAUGUUACACUCCAACCAAACACACACUGUGUGCAGCUGUGACCACCUCUCCAGCUUCGCUGUAUUAAUGGCACUAGACGAAUCACAGAUGCAAGAAAAUGUUGCCUUGACAGUGAUCAACUACAUUGCAGUGAUCGCAUCCCUGGUCUGCCUCAGCCUGGCUAUCUUUACAUUCCUAUUCUGCCGUUCGAUCCAGAAAGCCAACACCACCAUUCACCUGCACCUGAGUGUCUGUCUCUUCCUGGCUCACUUCCUGUUUCUAGUUGGGGUGUCCAGAACCGAAAAGAAGGUGCUGUGUGCAGUCAUAGCUGGGCUCCUGCACUACCUCUUCACAGCCAGUUUUGCCUGGAUGUGCCUGGAGGGAGUGCAGCUCUACCUGCUGGUGAGAAACCUGAAGGUGGUGAAGUACAGCAGCAGGCAGGGGCUGCGAAGGAGGUACAUGCUGCUGGCUGGGUACGGCUCUCCUGCUCUCAUCGUGGCUGUGUCUGCUGGAGUUUUUCCAGGGGGGUAUGGGACCAACAAAUUUUGCUGGCUGAGUCAUGACAGAGGAUUUGUCUGGAGUUUUCUUGGUCCUGUUUGUUUCACAAUCGCUGUAAACACCAUUCUCUUCAUUGCAAUUCUCUGGACUUUAAGAUCGCAAAUGUGUGGCCUCAACGCGGAUGUGUCCAAAGUGAAAGACACCAGACUGCUGACUUUCAAAGCCAUUGCGCAUUGCUUCAUCAUGGGCUGUAGUUGGAUCCUGGGAUUCUUUCAAGGAUUGGAGUUCUUCAGAUUUGCGUUUGUCAUUAUUAACUCACUGCAGGGUCCCUUUAUUUUCCUGGUGCACUGUGUGCUAAACCAGCAGGUGAGAAUGGAGUAUAGGAAAUGGUUUGGACGCAUCUACAAACAGAAGGACAGCUCAGAACUUACAUCUUCUACAGUUCCAAUGGAAAUCAUAACGAAGGUAUCCGCAGCAGAGAGCAAUAACUGCAGCUCUACGUGCAGAGGAGUACUUGUGGAAUGGAGUAAAUAAAGUCAGUAGACAUCACUGUUAAUGAAUGGGUGCCUAUGAGGUGGGAAAUUGCCCCCUCUAAAAUGCAACAUUUACAUUUUGGCAAAAAUCUAACUUAGGUUUUAUAUAUUUAACCUUGUGUAGUACCAAAAGUUUUAUAUGCCUCUUAUUACACUAACUAAACAAAAAAAUAAUCACAAGCUUUCAAGACCUCAAAGGUCUCUUCUUCAGGUGAAAGCAGGAAAGGAUUUUUGAAAGAUUGAUUCAUUGAUUCAUUUUUGUUUAGUUAGUCCAUGUUACAAAGAUGGCUGUAGUGGUGAUGUCAGACCCAGAACAGAAACACACCGAGUGAAUACAGGGUGAAGCUGUGUCGCAAUGGCUGCUCUCAGUAUUUAUUAAAGAAUAAACGGACGGUGAAACAAACACACAGACUUAACAAAACACAAAACAAAAGGGCACAAGGGCCAGAACAAAUAGACAGACAAACAAACGGUGGACAAACACUAAACAAACAAGUAUCGUGCUGGUCUUCCAGCACGCUUAGCAUUUAUUUAUUGUUUAAUUAUUUUCUCCUUCUCUCUCCCGUUCUCCACUCCUGAACACACAACCCCGAGUGAGUGAAACGUGUACCUGUAUACACAGUUGUGCCAGGAUUCAAGUACUAAUUAAUUAUUCACUUGAAUCCCAGCACCUGAACUCAUUUGUGUACUCCCUGUGCUCACAUACGAAUAAACAUUUUAUCUGCAUGUGAAGUGAUUGUGCAGUCCCUGUGCGUAAAUACAUAUUACAACACUCGUGCUACAUAGCCCAAUUUAUAUUCUGUGCACCACUAUAUCCACAUAUAACAGACAACAUGAAACACACCACAUACAGUAUAAAACACAAAAUACACACAGGGGUGGGGGCACCCCACAACAGUCCAAUAAAAGGGAUCACAUCUCCUUCUCCUUGUCUAUCCUCUCUGGACUAAUAUAACUACCAUUUCAUCUAUCAACGUAUAUUUCUGAAAAAUCAAAUAGUGUUUUUUGUCCAAAUCUGCAAUAUUUUUUACUUGUCUCUGUUUGGAACCAAGCUGAUUUUUAAAAGGUGGUAGCAUAAGGUCACAUUGUGAUAAGCUGCCUAUCCACAAAAUGCGAAUGUCUCCAUUACAUGCCCUCCUUCAUGGCACCGAUCCUUUGCAGGCUUUGGGUAAUUAUAGGCUUUACAUUCUAAAGCACUAAUAAUUCAUUAAGACACUUUAUUGUCAUUCUUUUUUAUAUAGUCAAUCACAAUUUUAGAGUUCAGCACAGUGAUUGGCAGCAAUCCAAUUUUCCAUUUCUUGCUCACAUAUACAUAGUGUCCAGGUAAGGGUAAGCCUGGCUUUCUAACAGAAUUAUUGAGCAUUCAUGCCUGCAAAACUCAUUGAAUCAACUGGGUCUUUACUGAGCAUUCACACCUGCAAAACUCAUUGAAUCAACUGAGUCAUUACUGAGCAUUCACACCUGCAAAACUCAUUGAAUCAACUGAGUCAUUACUGAGCAUUCACACCUGCAAAACUCAUUGAAUCAACUGGGUCAUUACUGAGCAUUCACACCUGCAAAACUCAUUGAAUCAACUGAGUCAUUACUGAGCAUUCACACCUGCAAAACUCAUUGAAUCAACUGGGUCAUUACUGAGCAUUCACACCUGCAAAACUCAUUGAAUCAACUGGGUCAUUACUGAGCAUUCACACCUCAUUGAAUCAACUGAGUCAUUACUGAGCAUUCACACCUGCAAAACUCAUUGAAUCAACUGAGUCAUUACUGAGCAUUCACACCUGCAAAACUCAUUGAAUCAACUGAGCCAUUACUGAGCAUUCACACCUGCAAAACUCAUUGAAUCAACUGGGUCCAAGAGUGAUGAUAGUAUAUAUUUCAUCAUGUUUUUUUUUGUUUGUUUGUUUGUUUUAAUAAUUGCACACAUUGUUCUGUAGGAAUGUGUAAGCACUGAACGUGCUUGGACUGAAGGUUUGACCUCCUCAAAUGUAUACACUGCCCCUGCAGGUGGGGAUGAUGUAAUUUUAAUAGAGAUCAAGCUUUAAGUGAUGUCUUACUUCUGUCUGCACCUAAGCUUUGCAGCUGAUGUGAUGAUCCAAAGCAAAGCAGCAGUGCAAAUUAUAACAUUGUGAAAUCUAAAAUGACAGUAAUAUUUACAAUGCAAAAUUCCACACAUUAAAAUUGUAAGAUUUACAAUUCUCAACAAUUAAAUGUGAAUAGAAAUGGGGUGAAAUGACUAAGGAAGUAAAGCAAGAAAUAGCAGACUUCCCAGAAGGCAAGGCAAGGAAACAGGGAACUGCUUUUAACCUAGUGUAGUACCAAAUGUCUGUUUUAAAAUGAAAAAAACUUGUUUAUUAUCACCUAUUUUCUUUAAAAACUGCACAUUUGAGACCAGUGUAACUAAUGGAAGUGCAAAAUGGGUAAGAUGGCAUGAUUUUGUUAGCUACAAUUACUUUAAUGAUGUACAUGUUGGUACAAAGGACAUAAGGGACAGAAAAUCUGAGGUAUUGAAAGAGAAUUUUAAAUAAUUAUAAAGGAAGCUGAAUGAGUUUGGAUGCUGAAGUAUGUUGUCAGGUUUACUACCAGGAAUUGGUAGAAGGGUUGUGAUGUUCAGGAGAAUUAGGACCAUAAACACUUGGCUGGCUGGCUGGCUGGUGUGUGCAAGAAGGGCUGGGAUUCAUGAAUAACUGGGACUGCUUUUGGGAAGAACUAGAUACUAGAUGGACUGUCAGGGGCAAGUAGGCUAUCUGCAAAUAUUGAAAACCACUUAGCAAAUUAUUUAAACUAGGAACUGGGGAGGGAGGGAAUCUAAAGAGGGGUGCACUGAGCUGAAACAGGGACAAAUAAAAGUUGACUCGCUGGCAGUUAGUAACCCCAGAGGUGUGUGUUACAGGAAUCCUAUCCCUAUUACUGCUCCUCAAUCACAUGCUCUUGAUUGUACCAAGCUACACCUGGCCUUACUCUUCAAUCUCGGUCUAAUAUAUUACUUACAGGGAUCAUUGACCCCGUAUAACCGCAUUCUUAGAUGACAGGAUGCGGGACUGCUGGUUAUUCCUGGGGUGAAUAAAAAUAACACGAGACGAAGGGCCUUUUCUAUUAAAGCUCCUAAAUGAUCGAAUGCACUGCUGCCUUCUGUCAGGGAAGCUGGAACUCUUACUGUUUUUACAUCAAGAUUGAAAACUUAUUUUUACACAAUAGCUUUAUCUUAGUUUCCUAUUUUACAAUCCAAAUUGUAUUUUCUUUGUGGCCCUUUUCAUUCCAAUUUUUUUAUGUUUUUUAUUUUUAUUAUUAUUAGACUGUUUUUAAUUGUUCUGUUUUACAAACUGGCUUUUUAUCAUCAUUUUUCCAAUUAAACUUUUUAUUUUUUUUACUUCGAUUUUAUAAAAUGUUAGUUUUAGACUCUUAAUUGUUUUAUUUUUACCUUAGAUUUUCAAAUUUUACAAUGAAAACGUUAUUUUUCUUUUAUACAAUGUUGUAUUAGACUUUAGUUUUUAAUUUAAUGAUUUAAUUGUUCAUAUUGUGUGUGUGUCAAGGUACUCUGGGAUCCUUGAGGAUCCGUGAUGAUAAGCGCUAUAGAAAUGUGAAUUGUAUUGCAUUGUAUUGUAUUUCAGAACGCCUCUGCGAUAGUGCAAGGGAUGAAAGAUUGAGGAGUACACUGUAUAUUAAAUGGACUAUGAAUAAUAGCCUUGUAAGGUAGCCUACACAAAUCUUUUCAAUAUCAGGCUCCAUUUACAACAGGCUUUGUGUCGUAGAACUCACCUGUAGAAAGGGGUACCAUAAACACUUUAGCAGAAUUAAGAUGAUUUACAAUUUUGUUGAAAAAUAUAAAAUAAUCAAGUAUGUAAAAAAUAAAGUUUUUUUUAAAAUCCUCA